GGCUUUUCGUCUAUGGCUUCUCUGAAAAUGUUCUCGACUCAUUCAUCUCUUCGACUUUUGGUUCCUCAAUGGAAGCGGAGAAACGGAAAUUUAUGGACUUUAAUUCAUUCUAAUCCAAAGUUUGGAUUCUUCAUAUAUUGUUCAACUUCUUCUUCUUCGACGAAUGAUGAGUCAGCAUCACUGCCGAAGCAAACCCAGAUACAGUUCGAUCAUUCAGAAGAGAUUUUCGGACUCGAAGUCGACCUACAACCAAGGAAUUUAAUAUCUGGUGCAACCAAACCAAGAUCCUGGUUUGGUCCAAAUGGCCAGUAUAUCAGAGAGUUACCUUGCCCAAGUUGUAGGGGCAGGGGUUAUACACCAUGUACGGAGUGUGGAAUAGAAAGAUCUAGAUUAGAUUGUCCACAGUGUAAUGGAAAGGGAAUAAAGACUUGUGGGCAGUGUCUGGGAGAUUGUGUGAUAUGGGAGGAGUCAAUAGAUGAGCAGCCAUGGGAAAAAGCUCGCUCCAUAUCUCCAUUCAAAGUCAAAGAAGACGAUGAAGUAGACAAUCUAGACAUAAAGUUGGAUGUGAGAAGAAAAUCAAAGCGAGUAUAUCAAUCAYCACCUCCUGAAGUUGGCUUAAAGAUCAGCAGAUCACUACGAAGUCUCAAUGCCAAAACAGGAUUAUUUAGUAAAAGAAUGAAGAUUCUCCAUCGUGAUCCAAAGCUUCAUGCACAAAGAGUGGCUGCUAUUAAGAGAGCAAAAGGGACUGCAGCAGCAAGGAAGCGGGCCUCUGAAUCUCUCAAGGCUUUUUUCCGCGAUCCAGAGAACCGUCGCAAGAGAAGCAUUGCCAUGAAAGGAGUAAAAUUCUACUGCAGUAACUGUGGACAGGAAGGCCAUCGGAGACACUACUGUCCUGGACUUGAGGAUAUCUUGGCAGGUAGGAAGUUCAGAUGCCGGUUAUGUGGGGAAAGAGGCCACAACCGAAGAACCUGUCAGAAGUCAAGGUCAGAUGAAUCCAAGAGAAGGGACCAAAGGCGUCACUGUUGUAAGAUUUGUAGUCAAAGCGGCCACAACCGUAGGACAUGUCCUCAAAAGACUGGAGUAAAACCAGAUGGUGAUUCAAAAAAAGUUCUUUUGCCUUCUGCAAGGACUUAUACCUGUCGCUUUUGCCUAGGAAAAGGGCAUAAUAUUAGGACAUGCCCCAGUAGGAAGAGAAACUGACAUUGGAAAUAAACCCCAAGUUGAUAUCUAGAAGGAGAUCAUUGUAUGUUCUAGUGCACCAAUAAAUCAAGCUGCAUAUUCAAGUGAAUUAAGAAGGCCAUUCCCUUGAGAGGGUGAAAGACAGACAUCUAGAUGGAACCCAUUUACAGAAUUACAGUGGUAAAAUCUUGUUCAACCGCUUUAACUCA